ACUCCACUCUUUCCUCAAAAAAGAUAGCAUCCCUCAAGCCUACGCAAUCUUUCUUUUUUUUUUUUUGAGAGGAAAGAUAGCCUACGCAGUCUAAAACAGAUAAAUGUAUUUCAAUAAUUUUACACUUUCACGUACCAGUAGAUUGUAAUUAGUUGAUUGUGAUUAUCACAUAGGCCUAUCGUUUUUCUCUCCGCCACUCACAACCUUCCAUGUAUGACAAUUUAAUAAAGUGUGAGUUACUUGUUUAACUUUUUGAUGAAGUUGAAGUGUGCUAAACUACAUUCUUUGAAAAGGUGAAAAAGAGCUGAUGAUCGAUAACACAACUUUUUUUCAUAUAUAUAUAUAUAUAUAUAUAUAUAUAUAUAUAUUGGUCUUGAUCAGCUCAAAAAGAAAAACAGAGAUCUAAGCUGAAACAGUUGCUUUCAGUGACAUCUGCGAGAAUACUGCUGCCCCAGCUUGGUGACUUCGCCCAAAACCAAAACCAAAACCCUCUGGGUUGGGACUCUUGGGAGGUUGUGUGUGUUAAUAUUUUGAGUACUGAUGGAGUGGAAUUUUUGGAAGGAUAGUUCAAAAGAUACAUCAAUGAUGGUGAAUAGACACAAGCACUUAAGUGGUUGUGAGGGAAACAGCAGAGAAUUUAGAUCAUGGUCCAAUCUUCCGAUUGAUGUUUUUAAUAUAAUUGGCAGACAACUUGAUUUUAUUAAACGGGUUUGUAAGAAUUCGCAAAAAAUUCAGGCUGUUGGUCCAUUUUAUGAGAUCCUUCAAGUUCCAUGGCUAAUGGAGCACAGUUGGGGUUUUGAUGGAAAUGUCUACAGUUUAUGUAGCUUUCACCUCCCAAUUGAAAAUCAAAGUCACGUCACUUACAACAAGAUUGAGGGGAAAGAGUUGAAUGAUGCAGUCAUAUGUGCUUCAAAGUUUGAUUGGUUGCUUUUACAGAAAUCUACAUUGUCAUUCUUCUACAAUCCUUAUACGAAGACUAUAAUCAAACUACCUGAUCUUGACAUCAACUUCAAUCGAAGUACAUUUUCCUCGGUCCCAACUUCUCCUGAUUGUGUUUGCUUUGCAAUACAAAGUUCCAAAAACAGUAGCAAAAUGUGGCUAAGCACAUGUCAACCUGGUGACCGCAAAUGGAGCACCACAGUCAAGUUUGCUGGUCCUAAAAGGGCAGUUGAGGAUGUGGUUUACAGUAAUGGAACUUUUUACUGUGUUUUUACAGGAGGAGCAUUGGGGGCCUUUUGUGUUGUACACCGUUAUUGGAGUAUGCUCACGGAUGUGAAUUUGGUUCCUGGGAUAUUGUCUGACACAAGGGCUCAUAUGGUAGAGUCUAAUGGGCAGCUCUGGUUAGUGUAUCGUUCUAGUUCUAUGUGUUUCAGAGUUUUCAAUUUUGAUUGGUCAGAAAAGACUUGGGAUGAGACAUAUACGUUGGGAUGUCAAGCAUUUUUUCUCGGUUGUACCUCGUUCUCAGUUUCAGCAGAAGGAGAAACUGCAGGUUUUGCAGAGAGGAUUUAUUAUCAUUGUGAUACUUACAGUUCCUAUUACUCGUUGAAGACUAAGCAGAGUCAUCAAUGUACGUUUUAUCCAUGGGUAACUGAACGCGGGCCUGAGAGAGUUUGGAUUCAACCUCCUGAGAUAUGGUCAAAAUUGGUUAGACACCAAUUUGGAAAACAGGUCUAGCCAUUUAGUCAUGUUUCUUUGCUUGCAUUAUGAAAUGGACUAAUAUACUUGCUUAGGGCACUAAUUUGAGUUCUAGCACUAUGAAGUGUGGAGGAUUUAUUGCUAUUAUUUCCUUGAAUAACAAGCUUUCUGUAUAAAAAGUUAGGAAGGAUUUUAUGGCAUCAUUAUAAUACUAUGACUUUAUUAUUGUUA